AUGGAACGACUCGACAUAAUCUUGAUCGCACUCAGUGAAGCUUAUGUAAUCAACACCAUCAAUUUCUACCUCGAAGAUAUCAGCAAUGAAAUGUCAAGUAAUAAUCAGAAUACUCACCUUAUGCAUUGGAAUCAAAGAAUAUGGGAGAAGGGCGCCAGAGAGGAGGGUGGAGAGAAUGGCGGUCGCCAAGAAGAGAGUGGAAGUCAUACAGAGACCCGUGCAAGAGGUGAAGAACAUCGGAAUAAUGUUGAGGUGCGGGCGAUGGUGCGGGUGGUUGUUGUUGAAGGUGUUUGGGUUGAAGAGCAUGAGAUCGAAUUGAUGGACAUACCUCUCGAUUUCCACGGUAACAACACAACACCCGCCAACAAUGAUCUCGAGAGGUGGAGCGAUUCUGAGUAG